AUCAGUAGUGUAUUACAGUCAGUCGGUCGCGCGCUUUCCUCCCGAGACCUGCGCAUAGUCGCCAUCAGCAGCUGUUGCGAGAGACCGUAGAGCAGAGCGCAGUGUUUACGUCGGGACUUGUCAGAGAGUGCCAGUAAGCUCAGAGUCUCUCACGUCUCUCCCUUCCCUUUUCGAUACACUGCACCAGGAUGCAGGUCGACAGGGGCUUCCUCAACGUCAUGAUCCUCAGCUGGGGGUUCAUGCUCGUCUUCACGGCUUUCCAGACUAUGGGAAACAUACAGAAAACCGUGCUGGAGAGCAUAGCCAAGGAGGAUCCAAACUUCCACGGCGAUGGCUACACGAGCUUGGCGAUAAUCUACGCGGCGUUCGCUCUGUGCAACUGGCUGGCCCCGUCGUUCAUCUCGAUGACCGGUCCCCGCACUAGCAUCGUCGCAGGAUGUGCCUGCUACGUCUUCUUCAUCGCGACCUUCCUCUACCCGCGCACCGAGCUCCUGUACACGGCCUCGGUGAUCGUGGGCCUCGGUGCAGCCCUGGCCUGGACAGGUCACGGGCUCUUCCUGACCGUGAACAGCGACGGCGACACCAUGUCCCGGAACUCGGGUCUCUUCUGGGCCAUCUUCCAGUCGUCCCUCUUCAUCGGCAACAUCUUCGUCUACUUCGUCUUCAAGGAGCCGGUCAUCAAGGAGGAUGUGCGCAACCUGGUCUUCAAGGUGCUCACGGGUGUGUCGGUGUGCGGUCUGGUGCUGUUGCUGACCCUGAGGAAGCCACCCCAGCAGGUGAACAUGGGUCCGGCCGAGGGCGUCUCCAGCGCGGACAAGGAGCUGCAGAUACCCGAGCCGCCCAGGGAGAAACCGCUGCUGGCUGCCUGGCACGCCUUGAGGGACGCCUUCGAGCUGUUCUUCACCCAAAGGAUGCUGCUGCUCUCGUUGACGUUCAUCUACACUGGAUUGUCGCUGACCUUCUUCUCCUCGGUCUACUCGUCCAGUAUCGGAUUCACCAAGGGUAUGGGGGAGGACCGUAAGAGCCUCAUCGGACUCUCGGGUAUCUGUAUCGGAAUAGGCGAGGUCGUCGGAGGUGCUCUAUUCGGUGUGUUGGCCUCGAGAUUCAACACCUGCUCGGGAUGGCCCGUCGUCGCCACUGGAUUCGGUCUGCACUGCUUCGCCUUCGUCGCGGCGUUGCUCAACCUGCCCAACGGCGCUCCAUUCAGCGACACGGAGGAGACGGGUUUGAUCGCGGCUUCGCCUGUCCUGGCGAUGGCGGGCAGUUUGACCCUGGGUCUGGGUGACGCCUGUUUCAACACCCAGGUCUACUCGCUACUUGGAACCGUCUACUCGACCGAAAGUGCGUCGGCCUUCGCCCUCUUCAAGUUCUGCCAGUCAGUCGCAGCUGCUAUGAGCUUCUUCUACUCGAGCCACCUGGGACUUCACGGACAGCUUGGGAUACUCGUGGUCUCGCUGGUACUCGGUACCGUGGCUUUUUGUUACGUCGAGAUGAAGCACAGACGCGCCAAGAGGCUCAGUACCAACUCCUGCCCUGAAAUCGACGGCGAUAAGGGUAACACUAGUCUCUACAGUGAUUAGGUGGACGACUGAGGAGAGAAAUGAGUUGUGUGUUAAGCCAGAAAGGGUAAACUUACGACUUUUUUUGCUAUUGUUGUUGUACGAAAGUACUAAUGAGAAUCUGAAGUUUUAUCGUUUCGACCGAUUGUUUUUCAGCUAUUUUCAAGUUCGAAAACUAUUUCGGUUAAGAUGGAAAAAUUUUAGAAUUCAUAAGAUCCGGUAAAGUCUCGGUGAUACAGUGAGAUAAGAGACGUGCCAAAAAUAUCACUGAUUGCAGUGAUAGCCAGGAGAGUGCAUUUUUUAAUGAAACGUGAAAGUUUACUUUUAUAGAUUGAGUAAUAUCUUACGUAUGAUAUUUUGUUAUAAUAAUAACGAAGUAUUGUGUAAUUUUUUUGAAUUCAUGCAAGUCUUGAAGGAGUCGCACAUCACAUUGACGUAAAAUGGCUACGAAUACAUUUUUAUUAUACAUUAAUAUUGUAUAAAACGAAUGCGAUCGAAAAAAAUGAAUAUGUAAAUAUUUCUUAUACAUAACAAGAUAUUCUUUUUAUUAUUUGCUUAUUUGAUCAUUAAUCGGUACCUUCAUUUUAGAGUUUGAAUUAUAAAAUCACUUAAACUUUAUGAUAAUAUAUAUCCGUUUAAUUGUUUUACUUCUUUUUUGUAUAAUUGUAUGAUUGUCUGUUAUAUAAUGCCUUUUUAAACGAGUUUGAAAGUCACAUUUUAAUAUCAUUCCUGCGAAGGACACAAUCAAAAGUAUAUUUUAUUAUUCAUCAGAUUUUACUAUGCACAUGAUUACGUUGACAAGAUUUUGUAUUAUUCCUUGAAAAAAAUGUGAAGGCACAAAAUACUUGUUCAUGGUAUGUUUUAUUAGAAGUACAGAAUGCAACCUAUAUAUACGUCAAUAAUAAUAUGAACAUCACUUGGCAUUCUUUAAUUUUAUGCGGUACAUUUUGUACAAAAUGAAAGUUGCCGAAAGAAAUAUAAAUUCACUUUAAAUUUUUUAAUUAAGAACAAAACGAUAAUACUCGACGAAUAGCAAUUUUAAUGAUGCGUUCAUGAUAUUGUUACUAAAUAUGUAUAUAUACAGAAAAACUUUAAUUUAAAAAAUAUAUGUACGAAAGUCAUAUAUUUUAAAUCAUAAGUCAAACAUAUUUUUAGAAAUGUAACGGAAGUAGUACAUUUGGAUGUUAUAAAUUAUUUAAGUAACCUUUAAGUAAAUCACACGCGCAGAAUUUUGUAAUCUUAUUUUGCCCGCAGCUUAUCAUCGAUUGGGUUCAUCAAUGUAUAAUGUAAUGCGAUGAACAAAUUGUAAUCUAAUCAAAGCGUUGUAAGCCAAACUAAAGUAUUUUUUCUCAUACUUUCGAAUUUAUAACUCCCGAACAAAGAAUGUGGAUACGCUAUGUAUUGGCUUUCGAAAAAUGGAAUUUUUCAAAAUAGUUGAAUUACACGCAUGCAUCUGCGAUGGUAUGUAGUUACCGAUGAAAAGUUAAUCGAUGCAUUGUUAGAGAUACAUCACAAGUAGACAAGAAUAAAAAUGAAUCGCCAAUUCAAGAAUUUAUAUCGUUAUCGUUAACAAUCGUUUGGCCGUUCCGAUUUUCUUUAUCGGAAUUUACACGAGAUAUAGAACGCGUCCUAGAGUUCGAAGCGCCUGAUUUGUCAACCUGAGUGACGUCGUUAUCAAUUAAGUAGCGGGAACUGGCUUUGUGUGAAUCGUAAACAAUCCGUCGCAAUAAAGGGUAGUUACAAUUUGCCAUCCUGCCGAAAUCGUGUGCUUUACUGUCUAUAUUUUAAUAUAUUAAUGGAAUAAGCGUAAUAAGGUUGUUCAACAUUCCUCUGUGUGAGUCACUUUUGGUAAUGUUAAGAAAGAGAAUUGUACUUUCAAAAAGUCAAAUACAUUUUUACAUGAUCCUAUUACAAAA